AUGACCCCUCGAAAAACCCUGAGCAAUGGGUCUUCCCUGAGCAAUGGGUCUUCCCUGAGCAAUGGGUCUUCCCUGAGCAAUGGGUCUUCCCUGAGCAAUGGAUCUAUCCUGAGCAAUGGGUCUUGCCUGAGCAAUGGGUCUUCCCUGAGCAAUGGGUCUUCCCUGAGCAAUGGGUCUUCCCUGAGCAAUGGAUCUAUCCUGAGCAAUGGGUCUUCCCUGAGCAAUGGGUCUUCCCAGAGCAAUGGGUCUUCCCUGAGCAAUGGAUCUAUCCUGAGCAAUGGGUCUUCCCAGACCAAUGGGUCUUCCCAGACCAAUGGGUCUUCCCAGACCAAUGGGUCUUCCCAGACCCGGUCUACACUUGAGAGAGAGGAAUACAUAAUCACUAAAACAAACUAA